CGGCCCUUCCCUCCAAUGAGCGUCGCCGUGACGUCACCGGCCGAAGCGGCGGGGAGUCGCCCUGCGCGGGAGGGGCGUCCCGGGCCCCCUCGGCGGAGGCUCCUCGGGGCAGCCAUGGAGGUGGUGGCGGCGAAGGUGCUGUGCCUGCUGGGCACGCUGGCGCUGAUGCUGGCCGGCGCCCUGUUGCCGGUGAAGGUGCUGGAGGCGGACCCCGAGCGGGCUCAGCGCUCCCGGCGGGCCCUCGGCCUCUGCAACGCGCUGGGCGGCGGCGUCUUCCUGGCCACCUGCUUCAACGCGCUGCUCCCGGCCGUGCGCGAGAAGCUCCAGGAGGUUUUGAAACUUGGGAAUGUGACCACGGAUUACCCUCUGGCAGAGACCAUCAUGAUGCUGGGCUUUUUCAUGACUGUGUUUGUGGAGCAGCUGGUCUUGACCUUCCGGAAGGAGAAGCCGUCCUUCAUUGACCUGGAGACCUUCAAUGCCGGCUCAGAUGUGGGCAGCGACUCCGAGUACGAGAGCCCCUUCAUCGAGCCUUCCUGGGGGCACAGCCACCGGGCCGACCGUGGCCGCCACAGCCAUGGGCUGGCCAUCUACGAGCUCUCACGUUCCAGCCCCCUGCGGCUCUUCAGCCUGGUCUUUGCCUUGUCUGCCCACUCCAUUUUUGAAGGCCUGGCCCUAGGCCUGCAGGAGGAGGGCGACAGAGUCAUGAGCCUCUUCCUGGGGGUGGCCAUCCACGAGACUCUCGUGGCUGUGGCCCUGGGGAUCAACAUGGCCAAAACCGGGCUGAAGAUCAAGGAGGCGUCCAAGCUGGCUGCUGCUGUCAGCUUGAUGAUCCCCCUGGGCAUCGGCAUUGGCAUGGGCAUCGAGAGCGCCCAGAACGUGGCCAGCAGUGUAGCCUCAGUCAUCCUGCAAGGAAUUGCCGGGGGUACCUUCCUCUUCGUCACUUUCUUUGAGAUCCUGGCCAAGGAGCUGGAGGACAAGAAUGACCGGUUGCUCAAAGUCCUCUUCCUGCUUCUGGGUUAUGCGGCCCUGGCUGGGCUUGUGUUCUUCAAGUGGUGAGGGGCCUCCAUUUGUUGUCCCAGGGAUGGGUCGGGACCCUCCUACGCAUGGCCGGAGGAGAGCCAGGCAGGAGAGGACGGGUGACAGUGACAGUGACAGUGUGCUGGGCUUUUCCCCAUAUCCGUGGGGGCAGGGGGUGGAAGACCUGGGAAGACUGUGUCCAUUUCAGCCGGGGGUUUUGCCCAAGACAUUGAAGACAACCUGGCACGGCACUUGAGGGAUCCACUUUGCCCUCAGGCAGGCACAAGGGGUGAAUUGGGGGGAGGCUCUGCCCUCUAACUGAAGGAUAGGGCAGGUUUCCUAACACCUCCCCCUCCCCACUUCUCCCCCUCUUCUCUUGGGAAAAUAUUUGUCUUAGCCUGGCACUGCCGGUUCAUUUCCUGAAAGUUGGUCUCCUCCCACCAGGAGAUUAUUUGACACCUGGUGUUGUCACGGCUUCAGCUACCUGCUGGGGAUUUUCUUGUGUUUUUGGUUUGGACCAACCCUUGGAAUUCGGAAAUGGGCUGAGAGUCUGGCUGCCCACAAGGCCCAAUGUCAUCCCCAGCUUCCUCAGUUUCUCCAAGCAGAGGUCCUGCCCUUCAGAACCGCGAGGGUUUUCGCUCUUCCAGCGGGGGCGGGGCUUGCUCUGGGGUGGCCCGGGGCCAAUUGUCUACUUCAGGAUACUUUUUUUUUUAUCCAACUUGAAGCUCCUUGUUUGAUUCUGUGUAUGAGUGUGAGAGAGGGCCAGAUUUGAACAACGUCAUUGAGGAACAAAGAUUUCCAGGUGUAUCUAGGCAUUUUUGGGGUCCUCGGAAUGUGGCAGGGCUGAAAUACUUGCUGGCUCCCCAUGUCUGUCUGCAGCAGAGGCCACAAGAACUGCCUGCCUGGAUGGGUCCGUCUCCUUCGCAGGCAGACAGCAGAGACCAGGUGGGUCCCCUCUGGCGACCUCACGGUUGCAGCUUCUGCUGGCAGAGUGUUGGCCCUGUCGCUGGACUGUCUUGUUGGCUUCUUUGCCAAGCUGUCAGUCCAGGCCCUCCAUCAGGGCAAGGCAAAGCUGGUGCCUGGCCUGCCUCUCCUGCUUCUGUAGCGAAGAGACUGCCGAUGCCUGCUGGGGCUCUAGCUCAGGGACCACCCCAGCCAUUGUCACUCCAAGGACAGGCCUUCCUCCCUUUGGGCUCUGGAGAACGGAUCUCUCCUCCUCUAAGCCUCAGGCAAAGCAGAGCUGGACUUCCUGCCCCACUGGGGGGGGCGGGGGGUGCAGGCUGUUAGAACCAGGAAGCUGUAUGGGGGGGAGGCGGCGAUGGAGGGCCACGCACCACACUCCUGCUGAUCAUUUGGCUAAGGGGAUGUGGUUAGGGGAGUCGCCUCUUCUUUUCUCCCCCUUGGCUACAGCUGGGACCCAAAAUAGCACCCCUGGCUGGCUGGGUACAAGUGGGCAUCUUCCUCCCCAAUUGUGGCAUCAGCCUGGAUGCUGGCAAGGCUUCCUGAGGCCUCAAAGCUGGCGGGAAGAAGUGGUCUGCUUGUGGGCUUGUGUGUGCGCGUGCAUUAUUUAUUGCAUUCUUGCUCUGGGAUAGGAUCACACCCAUCUGGUUGGGUGGUUUUGUUACACUUACGUUAAUCUCCAUUGUGCUAAAAUAGUCAGUCUUUGCAGGCUGAAAUAAACCUCCUUUAUUGUC